AGCGUCAUCCUUUUCUGAUGUAGAGCGGCGCAGCGGCCCUUUCUUUGCUGCUCUACGGUUUGUUUCCCCUCGCGCUGUCCGUUCGUAUCCCGGUUUUCCCCCCCUCGGCUCUGAAUUAUUUCUCUUAACCAUGACUCGAAAGUCGCCACUUCUCGCCGCUUGCCUGCUGCUGUUUCUGGCGGCCGUGAGCCGGGAGGUUUCAGCGGACGGUUUGGUGAACGAGGAGGUGAAGAGGACAGUGGACCUGGGCACUCAUCUGGCCAAGAUCACCGCGGAGAUCGUCCUGUCCAACCAGGGACACUCUGCCGUGCACAGCUUCGUGUUAGCGGUGGAGGCUGACGUGGCCCCGCACCUGGCGUACAUCGGAGCUUCGGUGAAGGGUGAUGAGGAGGAGGAUGGGACACUUGAACUUCAACAGACAACAAUUCAGGGCCAAAGUGGGGUUUUUUACAAAGUGCAGCUGCCCUCCAGUCUGGCAGCGGGUGCUCAGCUGAAAGCGAAGGUGGAGAUGACAUUAAGCCACGUCCUGAGGCCCUUCCCCACACACAUCACACAGGCUGAGCGCCAGCUGGUGGUCUUUCAGGGGAACCACUACCUGUACUCCCCGUAUCCCACCCGCAGCCAGACGACGCGUGUCCGCCUGGCCUCCAAGACUGUGGAGACUUACACCAAGCUGGGCAACCCCAGCAAGAAUGACGAGAUCAUCGAGUACGGACCUUUCCGUGACGUGGCGCCGUUCAGCGAGGAUAUAAUGAAGAUCCAUUACGAAAACAACUCGCCCUUCCUCACCAUCAGUAGCAUCACCCGAACCAUUGAAGUCUCUCACUGGGGUAACAUUGCCGUAGAAGAGACUAUCGACUUGAGGCACACGGGAGCCAUCCUGAAGGGGCCCUUUUCACGCUAUGAUUAUCAGCGUCAGUCAGACAGCGGCAUCUCAUCUGUCAAGUCCUUCAAGACUAUCCUCCCUGCCUCCGCUCAGGAUGUCUACUACAGAGAUGAGAUUGGCAACAUCUCCACCUCCCAUCUGCAGGUUCUGGAGGAUUCAGUGGAGGUGGAGGUCAGGCCUCGCUUCCCCUUGUUCGGAGGCUGGAAGACCCACUACAUGAUCGGCUACAAUCUGCCCAGCUAUGAGUACCUCUACACCCUGGGUGACCAGUAUGCACUGAAGAUGAGACUAGUUGACCAUGUGUACGAUGACCAGGUGAUUGACUCUCUCACUGUGAAAAUCAUCCUGCCAGAGGGAGCCAGAAACAUCCAGGUGGAUACACCUUACAAGAUUGAUCGCAUGCCAAACCAGCUGCACUAUACAUAUCUGGAUACGUUUGGCCGACCAGUGCUGAUCGCCACGAAGAACAACCUGGUGGAGCAUCACAUUCAGGAUGUUGUGGUUCAUUAUAACUUCAACCGGAUCCUGAUGCUGCAGGAGCCUCUCUUGGUUGUAGCGGCCUUCUACAUCCUCUUCUUCACCGUCAUCAUCUAUGUCCGCCUGGACUUUGCCAUCACAAAGGACCCUGCGGCUGAGGUGCGCAUGAAGGUGGCCUCCAUCACGGAGCAAGUGCUGACUCUGGUCAACAAGCGUCUGGGUCUGUACCGACACAUGGACGAGGUGGUCAAUCGCUACAAGCAGUCCCGCGACACCGGGGCGCUCAACAGCGGCCGGAAGACCCUGGAGGCCGACCACCGCACCCUCACCAACGAAAUCAGCUCGCUGCAGGCGCGCCUCAAAGCCGAGGGCUCCGACUUGGCCGAUAAGGUCGGGGAGGUGCAGAAGCUGGACGGCCAGGUGAAAGAGCUGGUGUGUCGCUCCUGCCAGGAGGCGGAGCGGCUGGUGGCGGGAAAGGUGAAGAAGGAAGCUUACAUCGAGAGCGAGAAGACUCUGACCGCCAAGAGACAAGAGCUCGUCGGCCGCAUCGACAGUCUGCUGGAUGCCCUCUAAACUGCUCCGGCCACACUAGCACACAGACACGCGCCACCCCUGAUACAAUAUACGACCGACUGUUUGUAUGAAUGAGAGUUAAAAGGAAAUGUGACACAAAUGCUUACACUUUUUUUUUUUACCAUGUUUGAACCCAGACAUGGACAAUUGACAUCUCAUCUCUGGUAGUGAUGGGUUUAUCCAAACAUGUGUGCCUUGUGAUAAACUUGAGGUCACUGCACGCUCAGCUUUACAGCAGCUACGACACAACUUUGGGCUUUUUUUUGUUUGUCUGUUUUUGAGGUUGUUGAGCUACAAUUAAAAUGUCGCACUGCUCAGACUUGACACCUGAUUUUGAUGUUCAAAUUUGGACUUUUUUUUUUUUUCUCCCCUCUUCAGUGUGUAUGGUUAUGGGACUUUUAUUUUGGAAACUAAUAGGAGAAGGGCCCACCUGUUUUCGUUCUCAUGUCUUUCCUCACAUUAUGCCUCAUUCUAAGAUUGAAUCACCUCUAGCUCUCAAGUAUUAAGGUAAUCUUUAUCCAAUCAUGUCUCUUUUGCACUUUUUUUUUUUUUUUUUUUCUACUCGCCCAUGACUGACGUUUAUAUUUGGACAAAUUUAAAGCUCUGACUCAUCGUCUCAAAUGUUUGUUUUUGAUGUUCCUCAAUCAUAUUUUCUACAUUUUGUAUGAUUUUCUUUGUUUUGUAAGUGGUGGUGUUUUGAACAUGAGAUUAGUAAAAACAUGAGAUUAGGUUGUAUGUGAGAAACGACAUGGGAGGGGGGGACACAGGUUUGCAAAAUGGGCAAUGUUAUGGAAAGCUGUCAAAUUUGAAAUAAAGUUUUGAGAAACAUUAUUUAGAAUGUUUUAUUUUUUUAGAUCAAUCAGCAGGUGUAUGAAGACAGACAUUGGAGUUUUACUUUACAGCUGGUGCAUUAGUUCAUUUGGGGAAGCAGUACCCUUGGUUAAUCAAAAGAGGGCGCACCUGUAUCAAGAACCACCACCUAACCAUAUUGGAGACUUUCUUCUGUUCAACAACUACACUGCAUUUUAGAACCUGACAUUUAAUACUCUGAAGAUAAAAUGUCAUCCUAAAAUAAAAGUCUGUGAUAUAUGCACUA